AUGAAGGAGACGGCGACGACGGUGGUUAGGAGCUGCGAGCUCUGUAAUGGCGAGGCGGCGGUUUGUUGCCCGUCCGAUUCCGCGUUUCUGUGUUGGAGCUGCGACGCCAAGGUUCACGAUGCGAACUUUCUCGUGGCUCGGCAUAUUCGGAAUAUUAUUUGUUUGAAAUGUAAAUCGUUUACCGGACAUCGUGUUUCCGGCUUCGGCGUGGCUCCGAUUGCCGGUCACUGUGGUUCGUGCUCGUCGCCGCCGCCGCCGGAGGAGGAGGAGGCUGAUCUCGGCGACGCGGUUUCUUCUUCUUCCUCGUCGUCGGCUUGUGUUUCGUCUACUCACUCCUCCGGUCAAAAGAAAAUGAGCGAUCAGUCUUCGGAGUCGCGAAACGAGUUUUCGAGCGAGGUUACUUUUCCGGCGACUGGAUUGAAGUGUAAAGCGAGAUCGCCGCCGGUACCGGCGAAGGUUGACCCCGCAGCCGAGGGCAUUUUCGUCAACUGGUGCAAAAGACUCGGAAUCGGCUCGGAGGACAAAGUUGUCCGUAAGGCUUGCGACGCUUUUCGGCUCUCUACUGCUCUGAUAACGGUUUUGCCGUUCCGAGCCGUUCUCGCGGCGUCUCUAUGGUUCAGCUUGAGAAGAUGCUGUGGCCACUCUGCGUCCACGUGGCGAGCUGUUAAGAAGCUCGAGGAGAUCUCCGGCGUGCCGGCGAAGCUCAUUUUAGCCGCCGAAUCGAAGCUCCAGCGGGUCGAAAAAGCCGGUAAGCCGCGCCGCCAUUGGUUGGAGGAAGGCUGGGAUGAGUCAUGA